AUGUUUCCGAUGUUCCCGACCUCACAUGUUCCCUCCUCGCAUGUUCUCGACCUCGCAUGUUCCCGACCUCACAUGUUUCGCCCCACCAGGGGACAGUUUCAAUCCCAUUACCAUUCGCCCCACCAGGGGGCGGUUUCAGCCCCAUUACCAUUCGCCCCACCAGGAAUAUCGUUUGCGGCUGCAGCAGCGGCUGGGGGGAUGUCGUACGCGCAAAGAGCGGCGCAGGCGCUGAAUCGCGCGGCUGCACCGCCCGCCCAAGCGCAACAGGCGCAGGUACAGGCGCAGCAAGCGCGGGUGGGCGGAAGCGGGGCGCAGCAAGCGACAGGUCAAGCGGGGGAAGCCGCGUCACAGGGGAAGGCGGACGCUGCUAAGCCGCCACAGGGCACGGAAACAGCAGCACAGGCGGGCCAAACGCCUGUUCCCCAGACCUCCAGCGCAGGCUCGGCAGCAGCACCGGCGGGAUCCCUCACAGGGUUCUUGUCAGCUGCGCGCGCAGGGCUAGGGGAGGGCGCAGGCACAGGCGCAGGGGCAUCUGGUGGAGCGGGGGCGGACGGGGGUCAGGGAGCAGCGGGCGGGGCGAAGGGUAGCGCGAAGGGGGGGGCGAAACCACCGGUGAAGGCUCCUGGUCCUGCUGCGGCUGUAGCGGGGCCUCCUGCUCUUCCCCCUGGCGUAUCGCCUGUAGCUCUGCAGUUCGGCACGUUCAACCCUAAUUUCAUGGGCGCCAGCGGCCCCGUUAUUACGGUUGCUGCGUCGCUUCGACUCUUCUGA